UACCUAGUACUCAGUGGUGUGUGACACAAGUGCAACUGUCAUUUGUUGUUUUGAGCCCAGAUAUGUUUUAUGUUUCUGUGUAAACCAAACCACUGCUUCGUCUGUUCCUUCUUUUCACCGGUGAUUACUGAUUACACACGUUUCUCCGGCCACAACAAAAAUAACUGAGGAAUCGGAGGGAGAAAAAUAUAGAAAAAGAAAAAAGGAAAAAUUAGAGAUAGAAAGAAGAAGAGAUGGGUGUGGACUACUACAAAAUUCUACAGGUAGAUCGAGGUGCGAAAGAUGAUGAUCUCAAGAAAGCGUAUCGGAAGCUUGCAAUGAAGUGGCACCCUGACAAGAACCCUAACAACAAGAAGGAAGCUGAGGCCAAAUUCAAGCAAAUCUCUGAAGCCUAUGAUGUGUUGAGUGAUCCACAAAAACGAGCAGUUUAUGAUCAGUAUGGAGAGGAGGGAUUGAAGGGGCAGGUGCCACCCCCAGGAGCUGGUGGAUUUUCCGCUGCAGAUGGUGGGCCAACGACGUUCCGGUUCAACCCCAGAAGUGCUGAUGAUAUUUUCUCCGAGUUUUUUGGGUUUUCAAGCCCCUUUGGUGGAAUGGGUGAUAUGGGCGGCCGUCCAGGUGCAUCUGGAUUUCCCAGGGGCAUGUUUGGUGAUGAUAUCUUCACUUCCUUUAGGCAUCCAGCUGGAGAAGGCUCUACCAAUAUGCCAAGGAAAAGUGCACCGAUCGAGAGAACACUGCAGUGCAGUUUGGAGGAUUUGUACAAAGGGACCACCAAGAAAAUGAAGAUCUCCAGGGAUGUUACAGAUGCCAGCGGGAGAGCCACCACAGUAGAGGAAAUUCUGACAAUAGAGAUCAAGCCAGGUUGGAAGAAGGGAACAAAAAUAACUUUCCCGGAGAAGGGGAAUGAACAGCGAGGAGUUAUACCGGCUGACCUAGUUUUCAUUAUUGAUGAGAAGCCUCAUAGCCUCUUCAAGAGAGAUGGCAAUGAUCUUGUUGUGACACAGAAGAUUUCUCUAGUAGAAGCUCUCACGGGUUACACGGCGCAACUGACAACCCUUGAUGGGCGAAGCAUCUCCGUCCCCAUCAACUCCAUCAUUAGUCCGUCAUAUGAAGAAGUCGUCAAAGGCGAGGGCAUGCCAAUCCCCAAAGAACCUUCCAAAAGGGGGAACUUGAGAAUCAAGUUCAAUAUCAAGUUUCCAUCGAGGCUUACGUCGGAGCAAAAAGCCGGCAUUAAGCGGUUAUUGACCUCUCCAUAAUAAAACAAUGGUGGUAGCUCUCCCUACCACUGCACCAUACCCAUGUAAGAUUGCAAUUAUUUUGAUUCUCAGCCUUUGAUUUUCCACACGGAAAUUCUUGCCUUUGUGAACUGGGUUUUCAAUUAGAACAGUGUAUUUAACUUUUAUUUAGAAGUUUGUUAUUUGUUUGUUGCUU